GUAGAUUCGAAUUUAAACCCAAUGUAUUCGAACGAGGGAACGGUGUACGAAGGGAGCGGGGAAUCGCCGCAAAAGGAAUGGUCCAACUUUCUAUACACGAUAAAAGCUGAGGCCUUGCUACACGAACAGGGGCGACUACAACAAUUAUGGGUCCACCUACGUAACAAUGAACCAGAACUUCUCGAUACUUUCGAAUUCUUCCUGGACAAUGCGGUUCGAGAAAUUGACGUCAUAAGGGGAGAUAAAGACGUCGCUCUAAAAAGCAAAGAACACAGCGAACGGGAGGUGCAGCAUAUUUUUUUCGACGUUGAAAGAAUAUUAGAAGAAGAAAGAUCCCGCAUAAAAGCAGAGUACGAAGUUCGCUAUCGCGCCGAACUCGAGAGGCAAAUUCACGGAAAACAACAAGAGCUCGAUGGCGUCGUCAUGCGGAAGAAGGACCUUGAGCGACAGCUAGCGGUUUUAAAUUCGAGCGAACGAAAACGAAGCGAAAGUUUGCGAAGUUUAAGCGGCUUGGUGAAAGAUCUGAGUUGCAAGGAGACGGAAUUAAGACAGGACAAUGAUAGUUUGCAGCAGGAGAACCAACGCUUACAAAUGCAGCUCUCGCAAUCCAUGGAUAGUUUGCAGCGGACACAAGAACUUUGCGUUCGGCUGCAAGAAAAAGCAGAAUCGGAUAAAAAAGAAAUAUUUCUCGAAUACGAAUCGGCGGUUGCACAAAAAGACGAACAAACAAGAGAAACUGUAAAGUUGGAACUGGAGCUUGAAAACCUCAAAGUCAAGUUGGACGAAGUUGGUCAAACGACACAUUCGCCUUACCACGCGCGGUUAAGCGCGCGAGCCACCGAAUGUGAAUGGGAACAACCGAACUACGAAACAGUAGUAGCGAAGACGCCAGAUCGAAUCUUUAAAGUGAUCCUGGUGGGUGAUUCGAACGUGGGGAAGAGUAGCGCGAUUCAACGAUUCUGCUUCAAUACUUUCUCAGACGAUAGGAGACCCACGUUAGACAUCACGUUCCAGAUGAAAACGAUUGUGACGGCCCAGGGCGUAACAUCGCUACAGAUCUGGGACUCAGCGGGCCAGGAAAGAUUCCGUAGCGUUCCCCGACUUUAUUUCAGGAAAGCCGACGGCGUGAUGCUCCUCUAUGACGUCACAAACGAAACGAGUUUGAAGAACGUUCGCAGUUGGAUAAGUAACAUAAAGGAAUCGGCGGGAAACAACGCGGUGAUCAUGUUGCUUGGAAACAAGGUGGAUAAGCAGAGAACUGUCACAUGGGAGGAGGGACACGCGGUGGCGCUACAGUGCAAAGCGGUUUUCCUGGAAAUCAGCGCCAAAAGUGGUGAAAACGUUCCUCAGGCCUUUGAGGCUUUAACCAGAAUAUUAAAGGAGCGUGAAGAAGGAGAUAUGGGCAUACCGCCCUCUACCGGAACGCCGUUGGGAGAAACAAUCGAAGUGACGUCGAAUAAUCGAACAGAAAGAUUCGAUGUUGCUCGACUUGAUUGUUCUUCAAUAAUGCUUCAAUUGUUACAUAAUAAACACUUUAUUACGUCAUCGUGAAAACUAGUGCAAAAUAAAGUGUCCGCUUGGUUGAAUUUCUUUGCGAAUGAAUAUAAAAACUGAUGACGUCAUUACUACGCCAUUAACAGUGACGUAACACCUUGCUUCUACUUCUCUCAUUUCUCGUUGAGUUUUUCCAAAAGUUUAAAAAUGGCGUCGAGUUUUCUGUCGGUUGUUUCAGUCUGUUGAAAAUAAAUAAAAUUGAUCUGACUUAA